GUCUUGGGUUACAACAGCACUAAUAACAGGUAGCAUUGCACACAGGCAGCUGCUGGGAAGGCUCCGCCCUGCAAGUGAUGAUAAACAAGCUCCUGUGGAAUUGUGGGUAGACACUGGACUUGUAAACGAAAAUCUUCAUAAGUACCUCUUUGCUUAGUAUUUUGUUCAUCCUUUCCCCAGGGUGCACGUAACCCUCAAGCACUAGGACCGUGCGGAAUCCAGGCUACGAUGGCACCUUCAUUUACCGCCCGCAUUCAGUUGUUCCUCUUGCGGGCUCUAGGCUUUCUCAUAGGCUUAGUAGGCCGAGCAGCUUUAGCCUUAAGGGGCCCAAAGUUUGCCUCAAAGACCCCUCGGCCGGUGACUGAACCAUUGCUUCUGCUUUCGGGGAUGCAGCUGGCCAAGCUGAUCCGACAGAGAAAGGUGAAAUGUAUAGAUGUUGUUCAGGCUUAUAUCAACAGAAUCAAGGACGUGAACCCAAUGAUCAAUGGAAUUGUCAAGUACAGGUUUGAGGAAGCAAUAAAGGAGGCUCAUGCUGUAGAUCAAAAGCUUGCAGAGAAGCAGGAAGAUGAAGCCACCCUGGAAAAUAAAUGGCCCUUCCUUGGGGUUCCUUUGACAGUCAAGGAAGCUUUCCAGCUACAAGGAAUGCCCAAUUCUUCUGGACUCAUGAACCGCCGUAAUGCCAUUUCCAAAACAGAUGCCACUGUGGUGGCAUUACUGAAGGAAGCUGGUGCCAUUCCCCUUGGCAUAACCAACUGUAGUGAGUUGUGUAUGUGGUAUGAAUCCAGUAACAAGAUCUAUGGCCGAUCAAACAACCCAUAUGAUUUACAGCAUAUUGUAGGUGGAAGUUCUGGUGGUGAGGGCUGCACACUGGCAGCUGCCUGCUCAGUGAUUGGUGUGGGCUCUGAUAUUGGUGGUAGCAUUCGAAUGCCUGCUUUCUUCAAUGGUAUAUUUGGACACAAGCCUUCUCCAGGUGUGGUUCCCAACAAAGGUCAGUUUCCCAUGGCUAUGGGGGGCCAGGAAUUGUUUCAGUGCACUGGUCCAAUGUGCCGCUAUGCUGAAGACCUGGCCCCCAUGUUGAAGGUCAUGGCAGGACCUGGGAUCAAAAGGUUAAAACUAGACACAAAGGUACAUUUAAAAGACUUAAAAUUUUACUGGAUGGAACAUGAUGGAGGCUCAUUUUUAAUGUCCAAAGUGGACCAAGAUCUCAUUUUGGCUCAGAAAAAGGAGGAAGUGGAGGAACAUGAGAAUGAGUGAUGUGUGUAUCUGAGGAGGGAGGAGAUAAAUAGAGAAAGACAUUGUUACAUCAUUGGAGGUGGGGUAAGUAUGUGUGCCACCUCCACCAUUCCCAAGCUAUUGUCAGAAAGAUACCAUGUUUUAGGACAGGAUGGCUAUAUUUUAUAGCAACUAAAAUCAAAUUAGCAAUUUUUUAUUAUGGAAAUUGAGAAAAUAUGUUAAGCUUCUCCCAU